AUGUUGGAGGAAGACGCCAGCAGGCGAUGGCAUAGCGAAGAGGAUUUGGGCGAGAAGAGGAAGCAGGGCGCCUUCAAGACCGUGCCGUUCAUCCUAGCAAACGAUUUCUGCGACCGGUUCGCGACGAUCGGGUUCAACGCCAACUUGAUCACCUACCUAACGCUGCAGCUGCACUUGCCGCUCGUCGAGGCCUCCAACACGCUCACCAACUUCCAUGGCUUCUCCAACCUCACCCCGGUCAUUGGCGGCCUCGUCGCCGACUCCUUCGCCGGCCGCUUCUGGACCAUCGCGGCGGGUUCCAUCAUCUACCAGCUCGGCAUGGUCAGCCUGACCGUCUCCGCGCUGCUCCCGUCGCUCCGCCCGCCGCUCUGUUCCAUCGGUCAGCAUGCCUGCGCUCGCGCGGCCGCUUGGACACUCCUCGUCCUUCACUUGUCGCUGCUCUGCACGUCCAUAGGCACUGGUGGCACGCGGCCGUGUGUCAUGGCGUUCGGCGCCGACCAGUUUGAGCUCGACAGGCCGCGCCACGGCGGCGCGAAGCAGAGGUGGAGCUUCUUCAACCUCUACUUCUUCGGCGUCGAGCUCGCCAAGCUAGCCGCCAUUACCCUGGUGGUGUACAUCCAGGAGAACGUGGGGUGGGGGUGGGGGCUCGGCGUCCCCACCAUCGCCAUGCUCGCCGCGGUCACCGCGUUCGUGUCGGGCUACCCACUGUACGUCAAGAUGGCUCCCGGGGGCAGCCCGUUCACGCGGCUGGCCCAGGUCGCCUUCGCUGCGUUUCGCAAGAGAAAUGUGACCGUGCCGACCGACCCCAGACUCCUGUACCAUGACAAGGUGCUCGACGCUGGCAUCUCCACUGCCGGACGGCUGCUCCACACCAACCAGCUCACCUUUUUUGACCGGGCUGCAACCGUGACGGACGGCGACUUGACCAGCAGCGGCUGUCCACGGUGCACCGGCUGGAGGAGCUCAAAUCGAUCAUCCGCAUGCUGCCCCAUCUGGGGCGCCGGGAUCCUCCUGGUCACCUCGGCGUCCCACAACCAUAGCUUCGCCAUCCAGCAGGCGCGCACCAUGGACAGGCGCCUCACAGCACACCUCGAGAUACCACCAGCCUCCAUGCUCAUCUUCUCAAACAUCGCCAUGCUUGCCACCCUCGCGCUCUACGAUCGGGUGCUGGUGCCAUGGCUGCGACGCCUCACGGGGCAGCCCACGGGCAUCACGCACCUUCAGCGCACGGGCAUCGGCCUCACCAUCAGCAUGCUGAGCAACAUAGUGUCCGCGGUCGGAGGCGGAGAGGAAGCGGACGGCGGCCAGGCACGGCCUCCUGGACAGCCCUGGCGCGACCGUGCCGAUGAGCGUGUUCUGGAUGGCGCCGCAGUACGCCAUCCACGGCAUGGCCGACGCGUUCAUGGACGUUGGCCGCAUGGAGUUCCUGUACGACCAGGCACCCGAGAGCAUGCGGAGCUCCGCCGCCGCGCUGUACUGGCUGACAAUGUCCGCCGGGAGCUAUAUGGGCACGUUGAUCGUGACGACGGUGCACGAGAGGACCAAGGGAGAAGGGGAGUGGCUUCAGGACAACCUCAACAGAGGGAAGCUGGAUCGAUACUACUGGCUGGUAGUGACACUGCAGGUGAUAAACGUUGUUUACUUCGUCAUAUGUGCAAAGCUAUACACAUACAAGAAGUUAGAGGUAGUAAACCAAGAGGGCACAGAUGA